AUGGCUGUUUCCGCGGGUUCCAAUGAAACUUCCUAUUUGCUGCCUCCAAACCGGGAGGCCUGGGAAGAGCGAGGCGUCCCUGACUUUGUCUAUGGACCGAAGGAGCUCACGCGGGAAGGGGUUCAGUGGCCGGGGACCCCGCCCGGCCCCCCGGACACACGGCCUCCUCCGUCUCCUUUCGACUCUGCGCUCUGCUCUGCCUGGAGACAGCGGAUGGAGCUGGGCCUGUUCCGCUACCGCCUUGGGGAGCUGCAGACCCGCACGCUCCCCGGCCCCGUGGGCUUCGUGGCCCAGCUGAAUGUGGAACGAGGGGUGCAGAGGAGGCGCCCCCAGAACAUCAGGAGCGUCAGGCAGGCCUUUGACCCCCAAGAGUUUAACUUCAACAAAAUCCGGCCGGGGGAAAUUCUCUUCCGUUUGUGCCGCCGGGACCCCGAUCCCCCGGGGGGUCCCCAGGAUGUGGAUGUCCUCGUGAUGAUCAACGUGAGCCCCCUGGAGCGGGGCCACGUGCUGCUGGUGCCCGAGCCCGCCCGGGGGCUCCCGCAGCGCCUGCUGCCCUGCGCGCUCCGGGCCGGGCUGGAGGCCGUGCUGCUGAGCUUGCACCCUGGCUUCCGCGUCGGGUUCAACAGCCUGGGCGGCUUGGCCUCCGUCAACCACCUCCACCUGCACGGCUAUUACCUGGCCCACAGGCUGCCCGUCGAGGGGGCCCCAAGCGAGCCCCUGGACCCUGGGGGUCGUGUGCACCUGCUCUGGGCUGUCCCGGCUCCCGGCUUCCUCUAUUACGCCCGCGGGCCGGGGCCGUGCUUGGAAGCGCUCAUCGGCAGGGUGUGUCGCGCCACGGACUAUCUGACGGACCACAAGAUCGCCCACAACGUGUUUGUGACCCGGGGUGCGCCCCCUGGGGAGGCAUCCUUCUCCCCGACCCUCACGGGGGUCCGGGUGAUCCUCUGGCCCCGCAAGGCCAGCUUCGGGGUAAAGGAAGGUGAGGCGUUCAACGUGGCCCUCUGCGAGCUAGCCGGGCACCUUCCUGUGAAAACGGCCCAGGACUUCAGCGGCCUGACCGAGGCGGCCGCCCUGGCCCUCAUCCAGGACUGUCUGCUGCCCCCAGCGCAGGCGGCGGAGAAUCUAAAGGAUGGAGCGAAGCCCCUCCAAAACCAGUGA